AGCGGGACCCACCCGCCGAUCUCCGGCAGCCAACCGCUGGUACUAGUCCCUGUCCCGCCCCCCUCCCGAUUCUCCGGGGAGUCCGAGCGAGCUCACGAACAUCAACACUAGUCGGCUCGCUCGCUCUCACUCUCCCCUCCGGCGCCCGUAGACGCGGCCGGCAGAUCCAAGCAAUGGAUUUGAGGGCGUUCUUCGGGGGCAAGAAGCAGGAGCCGGAGCAGAACGGGCACGCCAACGGGGCGGCGCCCAACGGGGGCGUCAAGAAGAGGACCGCCGAUUUGGCCAUCUACGAGCAGUACGAGCAGCAGGCCAGGCAGCCGGAGAUGCGCGCCGCGGCAAUUCGCGAUGGGAAUGCUGAUGUGAUCCAGAAGCCUCUCCUACCUCAAUUUGAGUCAGCUGAAAUGCGUAACUUAGCAGAGACAUUGUUGCGGGAUAUUAUCCGCGGGAGCCCUGAUGUGCAAUGGGAAAGCAUCAAGGGACUAGAGACUGCAAAACGUCUGCUAAAAGAAGCAGUCGUCAUGCCCAUAAAGUACCCAAAAUACUUCACUGGUCUACUAUCACCGUGGAAAGGCAUCUUACUUUUUGGUCCUCCUGGAACAGGGAAGACAAUGCUGGCAAAAGCAGUUGCUACUGAGUGCAAUACUACAUUCUUCAACAUCUCGGCUUCAUCAAUUGUCAGCAAAUGGCGUGGAGAUUCUGAGAAGCUAGUCAAAGUUCUUUUUGAGCUUGCAAGACAUCAUGCACCAUCAACAAUAUUUCUUGAUGAGAUUGAUGCUAUUAUUAGUCAGCGUGGUGAAGCUCGUAGUGAGCAUGAAGCUAGUCGACGCUUGAAGACUGAGCUACUUAUUCAGAUGGAUGGCUUGACAAAAACGAACGACUUAGUAUUUGUGCUUGCAGCAACAAAUCUACCAUGGGAAUUAGAUGCAGCUAUGCUCCGUCGGCUUGAGAAGCGGAUUCUUGUACCACUUCCUGAAGCUGAAGCAAGGCAGGCCAUGUUUAAGGAACUUUUGCCAGCAAUGACCUCAAAUCUAGAGGUCCCAUAUGAUAUCCUGGUCGAAAAGACUGAAGGGUACUCCGGUUCAGACAUCCGUCUCGUGUGCAAAGAAGCUGCCAUGCAGCCACUGAGACGUCUCAUGUCAGUUCUUGAGGCCAGUGAUGAGCUGGUGCCAGAGGAAGAGCUGCCUGAGGUUGGCCCUCUCAAACCUGAAGACGUUGAACUUGCUUUGAGCAACACAAGGCCGUCAGCCCAUCUCCAAGCACAUCGUUAUGAAAAAUUUAACCAGGACUAUGGGAGCCAUAUUCUUUCCUAAGAGCAAACCACGAUCAGCUUCUCAGGUUUGCCAAGUGAUGCACGGUGGUGGUUCAUUUGAACAUGCACUGGUACAGAGCUAUCUUGCCCUACAACAAGGCCACACCAAUCAAAAUGGCCUUGUCGCACCGUUAUAUUUAUCCUUUGACAGUCGUCAAGCAGGAUGCAAAAAUUGUUGCUAAAUACAUUAGACUGGUUUAAGUUGGGAUGCAAUCAUUGGGCAUCUGAUUUUUCUGCGGCAGCUCUGCUUGACUAGACUGGAAUAUUACCCUGUAAUGAUCGUACUCCAAAAUAAUUAACAAAUGAUUCAUUGAGUAGGAUUUAUGAAGAAAGAAAGAAAUGUUAGGCAUGUUGUAUGGAACAUUACA